AUGGCGAAGACGUACGAUUACUUGUUUAAACUACUUUUAAUCGGCGAUUCAGGCGUCGGAAAGACCUGCGUGCUUUUCAGAUUUUCAGAAGAUGCCUUCAAUUCAACGUUUAUAUCUACUAUAGGAAUCGACUUCAAAAUCAGAACAGUAGAAUUAGAUGGAAAGAAGAUCAAACUACAGAUAUGGGACACAGCAGGACAGGAGAGGUUCAGGACCAUCACGACGGCCUACUACAGAGGAGCCAUGGGCAUCAUGUUAGUGUAUGACAUUACCAACGAGAAGUCCUUUGACAACAUCAAGAACUGGAUAAGGAAUAUAGAGGAGCAUGCCUCGGCAGACGUGGAGAGGAUGGUGCUCGGGAAUAAAUGUGAUGCUAAUGACAAGAGACAGGUGUCCAAAGAAAGAGGAGAGAAGCUGGCGCUGGAGUACGGCAUCAAGUUCAUGGAGACGAGUGCAAAGGCCAAUAUCAACGUGGAGAAUGCCUUCCUGACCCUGGCCAGAGACAUUAAAGCAAAGAUGGACAAGAAGCUGGAGGGCAACAACCCGCAGAGCAGCAAUCAGGGCGUGAGGAUCACGGAGCAGCCCAAGAAGAGCAGCUUUUUCCGCUGCGCGCUCCUGUGA